AUGGAUAACGUCUUUUGCAAUUUGGAAGGGUCAAUCAAAUCAAUCAAUAUCGAUUCAAUUAAUCCAGCAUGCCUCAGAUGCCAGAAGGCCGUCAAGCUCAUUCCUGCCAAUAAUAAGGAAGAAAAGACAUUCGACACCUCCUCCACCAUCCACAACGAAAUUAAACGGCAAAUCAGCCAAGCCGGCACCUGGUCCCCAAAAACUGUUGAAUUUAAAACCCUGUAUUCCAGAUUGCUCAAAAAGGUGGUAACCAACAAUAACAGAGAAAUGUACUUGACUAUGUUGCCAGGAAUUUUAACCUCCGAUGGUUCAUUGACCGACCAAGCGUUACAGUAUUUACAACUCACCAAUGCCCACCUGUUUGUUUAA